AUGAAGACGAAUAAACAGCUUAACAAAUUUACAUCGCGUUAUUUUUAUUUUGCAAAACACGACAUUCUGAAUUCAGACUCUAAAAACUUUCAGGGUAAUUUACUACUUUACCUUAGUAACCUCGAUAAAACGAGCUUACAAGAAAAAACAUUUAAUUCGACCACCUUUAAUCUCAAGAUGGAAGACGAUAUGGGACUUGCCAAUUCAUUAAAGAUCAUUGUAUACAGAGUUUACUGA